ACCAGCCCCCCAUACUGCUGUGUAGACCUGUACUCUCUGAGGACAGGGGAGAUGGUCAAGUCCAUCCAAUUCAAGACUCCCAUCUACGACCUGCACUGCAACAAGGAGUACGUACAGCAUCAUCACUUUUUGCAUUCAUAUAAUCAGUGCAUUCAUAUAAAUAUAUUGCAGUAUUAUGUAAUAUGAAAAUCACAUCCUAUUUGUAAUUUUCCUGAGUUUUGUAGGAUUCUAGUUGUCGCCCUGCAGGAGAAGAUUGCUGCAUUCGACAGCUGCACCUUCACCAAAAAGUUCUUUGUUACAAGUAAGGAGCUGGGACUGUGUGUGCAUCCUAAAUGACACCCUAUGCCCUACAUAGUGCACUACUUUUGAACAGUGCACUAUAUAGGGCCACUUUGGAUGAUAAGGCUUUGAUGUAUGUGUUCAUGUUGAACCAGAUGAUGACAUACUCAUGGAAGUUUGUUUUCCUUGUGGCUUUGAUCAAUAGCUCUCUAAUAGCAGGAAUUCCCCUUCACACAUUGUUCUUAUCAUCACACACACACACACUAGACCAGUGGAUACAAAGAUUAGUACUCACAAAUGCAUACACGGUACUCUUCAGUGAAAUCAAUGGACAGAUCAUCUUGGAACAGAUGCUUGGUCUCUCCUGUGUCUCUCUGUGUACAUCUGUGAGAACACCAAAGCGAUAUAGCCACCCACUAACAGUUAUAUAGCCAGUAGCACAAACACACAGAGCCAGAGCCAGCGCAGGCCAGUCACAUAACACAUCAGCAUUUUCCACACAAACAUCCUAGCACCAAAAAGACAGGCAAGUCUGUCACGCUGGCAUCACCCAGCCCAAAAAACCAACUAACUACAGACAGAUACUGGCAGUGUUUACCCUGUGAUACACAAACCACCAUGCCUCCUCAAGGAGCACAACGUUUAGAACAGGUCUAAACUGUUUUCACUGAAACAUCAUAGUAGAGCAGGCUUAACACAUCUCAACAUCACUGACAGUAUGUUUAUAGCAUGUUUACAACUCCUGGUUGUAACCUCAACGUCAUACAGUUACACUACCUACCUAGGUUGUGUUCAGAAGGCACUGAAGGAGAGAAAACAUUGUGAAACAGGGAGGUACCAUACUACUAUCUGAACUUGUACAUUUUUAUUUAUUUUUUCCAAGUAGUUUUGCUACAUUGUGCCCAACUGAACAGGACUCCUGGGCAGCGCAGGAUGACGUGAAACAGUAUAUGUAACAAGGUCAUUGCUGCCUGCAGACAGUAAACUAACUGCUGUUGGGAGAAUAGGGUCUUAAUGCGUUGUCUGGUAUGUCUGCCUUUCCUAUCCAUGCCUGGCUGGCUGGGCCACAGGACAAUGAGUAUAAUCAAUCACUGUUAAUCGUUCUCAAUGACGCUUCCUCCGUGUAAAAUGGAGGCUCGUUUCUCUUUGGGGAGGAAGAGGAGCAACACAGGCGUCCUGUAAUGUGGGUUGUUUUUAGUUGUUGCCUGUCUUUAGAGUGGUGUGGAGUAGGGAUGAGGUUAGUUAAGUCUGUCUGUGUGUGGAUGUGAUUUUGGGGUUGGUGAUUCCCCUUUUUCUCCAUCAAAUGUUUUAUUUUCUCUUCAUCUUUCCUUCUUCGGCCCUUUUUCUCUUUCCUCUGUUCUACUCAGCCUUUUCCCCUCUGCCUUACUCUACAUUUUACAUUUUACAUUUUAGUCAUUUAGCAGAUGCUCUUAUCCAGAGCGACUUACAGUUAGUGAGUGCAUACAUUUUCAUACUCUCCCUCUAUUCUUUAUUUUAUCUUUAUAUCCUUUUCUCUUCUCCCCCUUCCUCUCCUCUUCCUUUCUUUUCAUGUCUUUUCUCUUUUCCAAUAUCUCGUCCUCUUCUCCCUCUCUUCUGUUCCUUUUCCCCCCCUCACUCCUCCCCUUCUCUCCACACAGGAUGUGUCAGACAUGUUAUCUUACUGCAUGGGCUGAGUGGGUCGCUCUCCCCCAGCCUUGGAGCACCAACAAAAGGCUGUAGCAUUGUGGCUUACCUCAAGUCCUAUUCACCCCUCGCUUCCCAGCUUCGACUCUUCUGAACACUAAAUUACUGUCUGACUCAUCUCAUCUGCACCCUGAGCACUACAUUACUGUCAGCCAAACCUCUCUCCCCUCGCCUCCAUGCACUCACAUGACCGUGUGUGUGUGUGUGUGUGUGUGUGUGUGUGCGUGCGUAUGAGAUUUGUACUGGUAUGUCCAUUUGUGGGGGUGUGUGAAUGCGUCUGUAUAUCUGUUUGUGUGUGUAUGUGCAAACAAGCGUAUUUGUCCCAGUUGCUCUUUCCAUGCAUUUAUGGCAGUAUCCAUCAUGACUCCCUUUCUGUUUACAGACAUGUUUGUGAGUAGUGGUGAAUCCUGAUGGUGGAUGUGCUGUGCAGAACUGAAAAAUACUAUUUGAAAUCUUUCAAAUAUCUUGAGUGUUUGCUUGGAGUGUUUUGGAACUAAUAUAUUGGUAUAUCAAGCCAGACAAGCUUAAUCAAGCACAGAUAAUGUUUUUGAAAUAAUUUCAAAUAGUAUUUGAACCCAGGUCUGGUGCUGUGUGGCCAUUGACUCCAGUGUGUGUGUGUGCGUGCUUGUAUUUAGUUAAUUAUUACUCAUCAUCAUGUCUACUGUGAGAUGACUGUUUACAUCAACAUCUGUGCGAGUGGGUGGACACAUUUGUUCCAGUUUACAGUGCAUUCGGAAUGCAUUAAGACCCCUUGACCUUUUCCACAUUUUGUUACGUUACAGCCUUAUUCUAAAAUUGAUUUAAAUAGUUUUUCCCCCUCAUCAAUCUACACACUACACCAUAAUGACAAAGCAAAAACAGUUGUUUUUCUUUGCAAAAAAACCAAAACAAACAGAUCACGUACUUUGUUGAAGCACCUUUGGCAGCGAUUACAGCUUAGAGUCUUCUUGGGUAUGACGCUACAAGCUUGGCACACUUUUAUUUGGGGAGUUUCUCCCAUUCUUCUCUGCAGAUCCGCUCACGCUCUGUCAGGUUGGAUGGGGAGCGUUGCUGCACAGCUAUUUUCAGGUCUCUUCAGAGAUGUUCGAUCGGGUUCAAGUCCGGGCUCUGGCUGGGCCACUCAAGGAAAUUCAGAGACUUGUCCCGAAGCCACUCCUGCAUUGUCUUGGCUGUGUGCUUAGGGUCGUUGUCCUGUUGGAAGGUGAACCUUUGCCCCAGUCUGAGGUCCUGAGUGCUCUGGAGCAGGUUUUCUUCAAGGAUCUCUCUGUACUUUGCGCCGUUCAUCUUUCCCUCGAUCCCGACUAGUUUCCCAGUCCCUGCCGCUGCAAAACAUCCCCACAGCAUGAUGCUGUCACCACCAUGCGUCACCGUAGGGAUGGUGCCAGGUUUCCUCCAGACGUGACGCUUGGCAUUCAGGCCAAAGAGUGCAUUCUUGGUUUCAUCAGACCAGAGAAUCUUGUUUCUCAUGGUCUGAGAGUCCUUUAGGUGCCUUUUGGCAAACUCCAAGCGGGCUAUCAUGUGCCUUUUACUGAGGAGUGGCUUCUGUCUGGCCACUCUACCAUAAAGGCCUGAUUUGGUGGAGUGCUGCAGAGAUGAUUGUCCUUCUGGGAGGUUCUCCCAUCUCCACAGAGGAACUCUGGAGUACAGCACUUUGGCCAAGCUUCCUGCUAUCCAGGACCUCUAUACCAGGCGGCAUCAGAGGAAGGCCCUAGAAAUUGCCAAAGACUCCAGCCACCCUAGUCAUAGACUGUUCUCUCUGCUACCGCACGGCAAGCGGUACCCAAGCGCCAAGUCUAGGUCCAUAAGGCUUCUUAACAGCUUCUACCCCCAAGCCAUAAGACUCCUGAACAUCUAAUCAAAUGACUACCCGGACUAUUUGCAUUGUAUUAUCUAUGUAUUAUCUAUAUCUAUGUAUUAUCUAUACCUUACCUCUACCUACAUGUACAGUUGAAGUCGGAAGUUUACAUACACUUAGGUUGGAGUCAUUAAAACUAGUUUUUCAACCACUCCACACAUUUCUUGUUAACAAACUAUAGUUUUGGCAAGUCGGUUAGGACAUCUACUUUGUGCAUGACACAAGUAAUUUUUCCAACUAUUGUUUAUUGGUGGUGUACCUUUUAAUAUGCCAUUUAGCAGACGCUUUUAUCCAAAGCGACUUACAGUCAUGUGCGCAUACAUUUUUACGUAUGGGUGGUCCCGGGGAUCGAACCCACUACCCUGGCGUUACAAGCGCCAUGCUCUACCAAUUGAGCUACAGAGGACCACCUGUGGAUGUAUUUCAAGGCCUACCUUCAAACUCAGUGCCUCUUUGCUUGACAUCAUGGGACAAUCAAAAUAAAUCAGCCAAGACCUCAGCAAAAAAAAUUGUAGACCUCCACAAGUCUGGUUCAUCCUUGGGAGCAAUUUCCAAACGCCUGAAGGUACCACGUUCAUCUGUACAAACAAUAGUACGCAGGUAUAAACACCAUGGGACCACGCAGCCAUCAUACCGCUCAGGAAGGACACGCAUUCUGUCUCCUAGAGAUGAACGUACUUUGGUGCGAAAAGUGCAAAUCAAUCCCAAAACAAUAGCAAAGGACCUUGUGAAGAUGCUGGAGGAAACGGGUACAAAAGUAUCUAUAUCCACAGUAAAACAAGUCCUAUAUCGACAUAACAUGAAAGGCCGCUCAGCAAGGAAGAAGCCACUGCUCCAAAACCGCCAUAAAAAAGCCAGACUACGGUUUGCAACUGCACAUGGGGACAAAGAUCGUACGUUUUGGAGAAAUGUCCUUUGGUCUGAUGAAACAAAAAUAGAACUGUUUGGCCAUAAUGACCAUCGUUAUGUUUGGAGGAAAAAGGUGGUUACUUGCAAGCCGAAGAACACCAUCCCAACCGUGAAGCACGGGGGUGGCAGCAUAAUGCUGUGGGGGUGCUUUGCUGCAGGAGGGACUGGUGCACUUCACAAAAUAGAUGGCAGCAUGAGGAAGGAAAAUUAUGUGGAUAUAUUGAAGCAACAUCUCAAGACAUCAGUCAGGAAGUUAAAGCUUGGUCGCAAAUGGGUCUUCCAAAUGGACAAUGACCCCAAGCAUACUUCCAAAGUUGUGGCAAAAUGGCUUAAGGACAACAAAGUCAAGGUAUUGGAGUGGCCAUCACAAAGCCCUGACCUCAAUCCUAUAGAAAAUGUGUAUAUAGCCUCCCUACUGUUAUUUUACUGCUGGUAUUUAUUUUUAUUUUUACUUAUCUAUUUUUUACUUAACACUUAUUUUAUUUUUUAACUGCAUUGUUGGUCAAGGGCUUGUAAGUAAGCAUUUCACUGUAAGGUCUACACCUGUUGUAUUCGGCGAAUGUCACAGAUGCACUGACAACUGUGGGACCUUAUAUAAACAGGUGUGUGCCUUUCCAAAUCAUGUCCAAUCAAUUGAAUUUACCACAGGUGGACUCCAAUCAAGUUGUAGAAUGGAAACAUGAUGCUCCUGAGCUCAAUUUCGAGUCUUCUAGCAAAGGGUCUGAGUACUUAGUGGUUUGCGAAAGUAUUCACCCCCCUUGGAAUUUUUCCUAUUUUGUUGCCUUACAACCUGGAAUUAAAAUGGAUUUAUAGGGGGUUUGUAUCAUUUGAUUUACACAACAUGCCUACCACUUUGAAGAUACAAAAUAAAAAAAAGUUUUGUGAAACAAACAAGAAAUAAGACAAAAAAACAGAACUUGAGCGUGCAUAACUAUUCACCCCCCCAAAGUCAAUAUUUUGUAGAGCCACCUUUUGCAGCAAUUUCAGCUGCAAGUCUCUUGGGGUAUGUCUCUAUAAGCUUGGCACAUCAAGCCACUGGGAUUUUUGCACAUUCUUCAAGGCAAAACUGCUCCAGCAACUUCAAGUUGGAUGGGUUCCGCUGGUGUACAGCAAUCUUUAAGUCAUACCACAGAUUCUCAAUUGGAUUGAGGUCUGGGCUUUGACUUUGCCAUUCCAAGACAUUUAAAUGUUUCCCCUUAAACCACUCAAGUGUUACUUUAGCAGUAUGCUUAGGGUCAUUGUCUGCUGGAAGGUGAACCUCUGUCCCAUUCUCAAAUCUCUGGAAGACUGAAACAGGUUUCCCUCAAGAAUUUCCCUGUAUUUAACGCCAUCCAUCAUUCCUUCAAUUCUGACCAGUUUCCCAGUCCCUGCCGAUGAAAAACAUCCCCACAGCAUGAUGCUGCCACCACCAUGCUUCACUGUGGGGAUGGUAUUCUCGGGGUGAUGACAGGUGUUGGGUUUGCGCCACACAUAGCGUUUUCCUUGAUGCCCAAAAAGCUCAAUUUUAGUCUCAUCUGACCAGAGUACCUUCUUCCAUAUGUUUGGGGAGUCUCCCACAUGUCUUUUGGUGAACACCAAACGUGUUUGCUUAUUUUUUUCUUUAAGCAAUGGCUUUUUUCUGGCUACUCUUCCGUAGAGCCCAGUUCUGUGGCGUGUACGGCUUAAAGUGGUCCUAUGGACAGAUACUCCAAUCUCUGCUGUGGAGCUUUGCAGCUCCUUCAGGGUUAUCUUUGGUCUCUUUGUUGCCUCUCUGAUUAAUGUCCUCCUUGCCUGGUCCGUGAGUUUUGGUGGGCGGCCCUCUCUUGGCAGGUUUGUUGUGGUGCCAUAUUCUUUCAAUUUUUUAAUAAUGGAUUUAAUGGUGCUCCGUGGGAUGUUCAAAGUUUCUGAUAUUUUUUUAAUAACCCAACCCUGAUCUGUACUUCUCCACAACAUUGUCCCUGACCUGUUUGGAGAGCUCUUUGGUCUUCAUGGUGCCGCUUGCUUGGUGGUGCCCCUUGCUUAGUGGUGUUGCAGACUCUGGGGCCUUUCAGAACAGGUGUGUAUAUAUACAUUUACAUUUACGUCAUUUAGCAGACGCUCUUAUCCAGAGCGACUUACAAAUUGGUGCAUUCACCCUAUAGCCAGUGGGAUAACCACUUUACAAUUAUUAUUAUUAUUAUUUAUUUAUUUUUGGGGGGGGGGGGGGGGGGUAGAAGGAUUACUUUAUCCUAUCCCAGGUAUUCCUUAAAGAGGUGGGGUUUCAAAUGUCUCCGGAAGGUGGUGAGUGACUCCGCUGUCCUGGCGUCGUGAGGAAGCUUGUUCCACCAUUGGGGUGCCAGAGCAGCGAACAGUUUUGACUGGGCUGAGCGGGAACUAUGCUUCCGCAGAGGAAGGGGAGCCAGCAGGCCAGAGGUGGAUGAACGCAAUGCCCUCGUUUGGGUGUAGGGACUGAUCAGAGCCUGAAGGUACGGAGGUGCCGUUCCCCUCACAGCUCCAUAGGCAAGCACCAUGGUCUUGUAACAGAUGCGAGCUUCAACUGGAAGCCAGUGGAGUGUGCGGAGGAGCGGGGUGACGUGAGAGAACUUGGGAAGGUUGAACACCAGACGGGCUGCGGCAUUCUGGAUGAGUUGUAGGGGUUUAAUGGCACAGGCAGGGAGCCCAGCCAACAGCGAGUUGCAGUAAUCCAGACGGGAGAUGACAAGUGCCUGGAUUAGGACCUGUGCCGCUUCCUGUGUAAGGCAGGGUCGUACUCUCCGAAUGUUGUAGAGCAUGAACCUACAGGAUCGGGUCACCGCCUUGAUGUUAGCGGAGAACGACAGGGUGUUGUCCAGGGUCACGCCAAGGCUCUUCGCACUCUGGGAGGAGGACACAACGGAGUUGUCAACCGUGAUGGCGAGAUCAUGGAACGGGCAGUCCUUCCCCGGGAGGAAGAGCAGCUCCGUCUUGCCAAGGUUCAGCUUGAGGUGGUGAUCCAUCAUCCAUACUGAUAUGUCUGCCAGACAUGCAGAGAUGCGAUUCGCCACCUGGUUAUCAAAAGGGGGAAAGGAGAAGAUUAGUUGUGUAUCGUCAGCGUAGCAAUGAUAGGAGAGGCCAUGUGAGGAUAUGACAGAGCCAAGUGACUUGGUGUAUAGCGAGAAUAGGAGAGGGCCUAGAACUGAGCCCUGGGGGACACCAGUGGUGAGAGCACGUGGUGCGGAGACAGCUUCUCGCCACGCCACUUGGUAGGAGCGACCGGUCAGGUAGGACGCAAUCCAAGAGUGAGCCGCGCCGGAGAUGCCCAGCUCGGAGAGGGUGGAGAGGAGGAUCUGAUGGUUCACAGUAUCAAAGGCAGCAGACAGGUCUAGAAGGACAAGGGCAGAGGAGAGAGAGUUAGCUUUAGCAGUGCGGAGAGCCUCCGUGACACAGAGAAGAGCAGUCUCAGUUGAAUGACCAGUCCUGAAACCUGACUGGUUUGGAUCAAGAAGGUCAUUCUGAGAGAGAUAGCAAGAGAGUUGGCUAAAGACGGCACGCUCAAUAGUUUUGGAAAGAAAAGAAAGAAGGGAUACUGGUCUGUAGUUGUUGACAUCAGAGGGAUCGAGUGUUGGUUUUUUGAGAAGGGGUGCAACUCUCGCUAUAUACUGAGAUCAUGUGACAGAUCAUGUGAUACUUAGAUUGCACACAGGUGGACUUUAUUUAACUAAUUAUGUGACUUCUGAAGGUAAUUGGUUGCACCAGAUCUUAUUUAGGGGCUUCAUAGCAAAGGGGGUGAAUAUAUAUGCACGCACCACUUUUCCGUUAUUUAUUUUUUAGAAUUUGUAGAAAUAAGUUUUUUUUUUCUCGUUUUUUUUUAACCAAUUUGGACUAUUUUGUGUAUGUCCAUUACAUGAAAUCCAAAUAAAAAUCUAUUUAAAAUGACCGGUUGUAAUGCAAGAAAAUAGGAAAAACGCCAAGGGGGAUGAAUACUUUUACAAGGCACUGUAUGUAAAUAAGCUAUUUCUGUUUUUGUUUUUUUAUACAUUUGAAAAAAUUUCAAAAAACAUGAUUUCGCUUUGUCAUUAUGGGGUAUUGUGUGUAGAUUGAUGAAGAUUUCUUUUUAUUUAAUCCAUUUUAGAAUAAGGCUGUAACGUAACAGAAUGUGUAAAAAGUCAAGGGGUCUGAAUACUUUCCGAAUGCACUGUAUACUGAUAGCUGAUCCGCUUGUGAAUUUAUGGGCCGUUUGUCCUCAUCUUCUGUAUGUGUGUUGACGUCCAUUUGUAUUUAUGCUGAGCUUUUGUGUGUGUGUGUGUGUGUUUCUUUUUACUUAGAGCCACAUUAUGACCUAAUGGAUUCUGUGGCACCCAAUAAAGUGGGGACGGCUCCUGUCUAGAUUGACUGGCAGACACACUGAUCCCUAUGGGAACUACUAAAGCACACACACACACACAGUGAUCCACUUUCCCCUCUCAAACACAUUAAGGCUUUAAGAGAGACCGAGACACCCUCGAAGGAGAGGAACGCUUGACUUCUAAAGCAAAUAUCCACAGCAGCAUUAUCAGCAUUCACUGUUUCUACAACUUCUAAAAGGGAACAUGUUAAAGUUAGGUAAUCCCAGGGCAUUCCAUUUGAGAUACAUAGUCAUGAUUUUUAUGCCUUGAUUGGUGUAGAUCAAAUGGUGUGACUGUGUUGUGUCAGCCUCAAUUGUGUAUCCAAUUUGUCCUGCGGUUGUAGGGUAUGGAAAAAGAUUUCACCUUCAAUAAAUGUAUGUUUCCUCCUGUGUGUUUUCAGGCUGCUUUCCCUGUCCGGGCCCCAACCUAAACCCCAUAGCACUGGGAGGACGCUGGCUAGCCUACGCUGAGAAUAAGGUAGGACACAGGCGCACACACACACACACUGAAUAUACACACUCACACACACACUGAAUACACACACCCAUCCAUCUCGUAUGUACUUAUCACAACACCAUAUUUACAAUCCUCCAGAAUUAUAUAUAUAUUUUUUUCUUUAAUCUCUCAGUACAACUCAUUCCAAGAAGAGACCACUAGAAAUGAUAACAUCUGAAAACCAACAGAUGUAUGUUUUUUAUGUCCAUUUAAUAGCAUUUUUGUAUUUUCCAAAAGCAAGUCCGCUCUACGCACUCUUGUAAUACGUUGAAUGGAUAAUUGUGGCUGGUAGUUUUCUGAUUACGCUCGGCCACUUAAGCAAUUGACAGAUGGGUCACGGACUACUUGUUACUAUGACAGUGGGAUAGGAGAGGAGUGUUUUUAAUGUUCUGCCACUCAUAUUCUGUUCCUGGUUGGCCUCAGGUGCAGGAGGAGGAUGAUAAUGUAUUUCUUAUCUAUGUUUUGCGCUUGAUCUCUCUCUCUCUGUCUCUUUCUGUGUCUCUCUCUCUCUUUCUGUGUGUCUCCCCCCCCCCUCCCUCCAGUUGAUCCGGUGUCACCAGUCUCGAGGCGGUGCCUGCGGGGACAAUGCCCAGUCUUACACAGCUACAGUCAUCAGCGCUGCUAAAGUAAGUCAAACACACACACCUCCCUCCACCUCAAUGGUUGUAAUAAAAUCAUCUACAUCUGUACAUUUCUGAGAAGUGAUAUUGGAUCCACCCUGGCUUUCCCCUGUGAGUCAGACACCAUUAUGAGACUCUAUAUCAUAACCCAGACACAGGCCUUGAGAGUCUAUGAGCAUCUUAACUCAUUUCUAUGGUCUCUGUGUGUGUGUGUCUGUAGGGGGUUCCAUCCUGUACUGUAUACUGUGCUGCAAUAUGGGACACAGCCCCUGUAAUACUCCUCUCAGCUGGAGAGCACCGCCAGGCUACGCUAACUGUUAAGCCAUUUGAUACCAAGCUGAAUUUAUACCCCUCCGCUCUGUUGAUGUAGCGGCUAAGCUAACACGCGCUACUAGCAUAGUGCAGCACUUUACUCAUAUGGUUCCAGUCUCCUGUCUUAUCCAAGUCCGCAAAGGGGAACCCUAAUUGAUUUAUGAAGACCCCUCGGGUCAGAGUUAUUCCCAUGGUCUCUCCCUCCCUCUCUCCUUAAUGAGCGCUAACAGCUAGCGUGAUAGAAGUCCCAUUAGCCGCUAAUGGCGGCAUAUAUCAAAAAGAGCAGCGGCAGCAGCGCUAAAGUGUUAGCCUGGCUAGCGGAGAGAGGGGGAAAUGAGGUUAAGGGGUCCCGAUAUGCAGACGGAUUGUCUGCAGCCGCCGUUUAAAACUAUAUAUUAUAAUCUCAAUAUUUUCACCCCCAUCCCCCAUCCCCCUCCUCUGGUCUACAACGCAACACUCAGACUGAGUGCUGCUGUCCAGAGACUUUGAGGAGGUGUAGAGGGAGCACUCAGGGGGGAGUAUUUGGGGAGUAUUUCCUAGCCUUUUAUAGGAAAUAACAUUUUAUAACAGCGCAUAAUUCCAGCUGUAUUAUUGUUCCUCAUACUAAUCACUGGAAUGUAAACAUAAAGCAAACCUGCUCAUUGUCUGACUGUGUGAUGCUCUGCACCAGUGUGGAGGCUCUGGGCCUAGCCAGGGUGUCUGACUCAAAAACACCUCUGUGGCCAGGGCCAGGCCAGGCUCAAGGAAAUGGAUAGUGCUGCUUAAGUGGAGUCUAUCUCACCGCUACACUGAGCUAAUGGAGUCCGUAUACUGUGUGUGUGUGUGUGUGUCAGCGCAAAGGGGCCCCGGUGAACCUAAUCAGGCAUUCAGGCCAGGCAGCACUGUCAAUACCGCGUGGCGCCUCUCAUUUGUUGGGUCUUUGCAUCACACACACCCUCACUUGGCAACUCCACCUAGCCCACUAACAGACUGGUGUGUGUAAAUUGCUCGGAGCCCCAUCAAUAAUGAAACAGGGCGUUUGGCUCCUAAUUGAUCAACACUAAUGUGUUUUCUAAUCACUGCAGUGUGAGGUUUUAGUGCUAAUCCAAACAGGAGCCAUUGAUCUGUGUAGGGCUGAGGGGGGAGACUGGGGAGGAGAGACUGGUGGCAGACACUCGGCUCCUGCUGUUUCAGCACUCCACAUCAUCAUCAUCAGCAGCAGCUGAUAGCAUUGAGCAAAUAGCCGGUCUCUCUCUCUCUCUCUCACACACACACACACACACACACACUCAUAGGCACACGUAGACAGUCAUUCUAUAUUGAUCAACACUCCUCUCCCAGAUCCCCAUAGUCAAACAGACAUACUGGUGUCUUCUUUAUUGGAAGUGUCUCUAGUCGGUUUAUGACAAUGAGCCAAAUCUGAUGUUUGUUUCCUGCUAUUCUCCACCUCCCCCCUCUCUCUCCUCUUCUCCCCCCUCUUUAUAUGCGCCGCUCUCGCUCUCCCUCCCCCUUUCCCUUGUCGUUCUGGUUAGACCCUAAAGACUGGUCUCACCAUGGUGGGGAAGGUGGUGACCCAGCUAGCUGGUACUCUACCCACUGGCGCGCCCGAUGAGGAGGGUGCUACCCCCCACAGCACCACCCGCCGAAGCCCCCAUGCCCCUGGAGUCAUCACUGUCAUCGACACACACAACGUCGGAGAGGGACAGGUAUGUGUGAUCACUAAGGCAUAG